AUGAUACAUGUAGCUCUGUUGAUUAUUUUGAUGGCUACGUAUAAUGAGAUUUGUGGAAAAGAUAUAUGUCUAGCCAAAAAGGAAGAGAAUCGUUUUACUAGCUUGAAAAACCAGUUGAAAAGUUUCGAAAGGACAAUCAGUGACUUGGAAAAGGGACUCAAGGAGAAACAUGUUAUUAGUGAUGGUGGAUGUAAAAAGGACUUGUACAGAUUUAAGGAUCAUUGUUACUAUUUUAGUAAAGAAAAGAAAAGUUGGUUUGAAGCUGAGAGGUAUUGCAGAACAGAAUAUUCAUCACUCGUCACCAUCAAUGAUGUCAAUGAGAACAACUGGUUAAUGUCAAAGUUGGCAGCAAACAAUGUUGUGAUUGCAUGGAUAGGUGCAACCGAUUGUGAUUCGGACAAAUGGAUAUGGGCGUCAACAUUUGCACCUAUUACAUAUUCUAAUUGGCACAGUUCUGAACCUAAUGGCUACACCAAAGAAAAUUGUGGCGCGAUCUACAAAAAGUUUAAUGGAAAAUGGAUUGAUGCUAUGUGUAAAAAUACAUUGUAUUUUGUUUGCAAGAAAAAUAUUACACAUUUUUGCCAUCCAAACAAAGAUGUAUGAAGAACCUCAAAAAGUUACGACAAACAUGAGAUGAUCCAAUUUUGUGAGAAAAAAAAUACAAGAAUUGAACGAUGUUUAGCUUCAGAAUUUUCUAAAGACUUUCAUUAUUUGUCUUUAACGUACUAGGUUAUGCAUUAAUAAAAUUUCAUUAAUACCA